AUGGUCACUGAGACGAGAUUUACCUGGGCAGAUGCAAGAGACGAGUGUAUAAACCUGGGCGGUGUUCUGGCGGUACCAAGCUCUGAUCAAGAAAACGAGUUCAAUUUGCAAUUAUCUGAUGAAAUAGUAUGGAUCAACUGUAAUGAUCGAGAGGUGGAGGGGAGAUGGAAGUGCGAAGAGGGUAAGGUUGAGGUUGCUUACAGAAACUGGGACCCUAACGAACCGAACAACCAGGGAGAUGAAGAUUGCGCUGCCUUUGAUACUCAGUUUGAGAGAAACCGGCAAUGGAAUGAUUUGGUAUGUAGCAGACUGGAGAAAGCUCUGUGCAAAACGGCUGGCAGACCAGUCCUUCAAGUGUGA